UAUUCUUAUAUAUACUUCAUUUCACCUCCAAACAUUUUCAUGUCAUCCACAAAACAACAAGAUUAAUUCAAAUCCAUAUUAUCACUUAUCAGUCCCUCCCACCAAAUCGACCAACCUCUCUCUCUCUCACACACCACACACAUUUUCCAACCCAACAAUAAUGGCGCCAAAACCAACUAAACUAGCCCUUGCACUUCUCAUACUCUCAAUCAUCACUGUCCAAUCCAAUGCCUUAGUUCCUUACACAACAUCGCUCUGGGAUAUGAUGAUGAACAACGUCGUCCCUUUCGAAGACCCAUUCCGAAUCCUCGAGCACACGCCGCUGUCCAUUCCCAAAGGCGCAGAUAACACGGUGGCGCUGGCACGUGCGGACUGGAAGGAGACAGCGACGGAGCACGUGAUCUCCAUUGACAUUCCGGGGAUGAAGAAGGAGGAUGUGAAGAUCGAGGUGGAGGAGAACAGAGUGGUGAGAGUCAGCGGUGAGCUCAAACCAGAGGAGGAAAAGGAAGGAGAGAAGUGGCACCGAUCGGAGAGGAUCAGUGGAAGGUUCUGGAGACAGUUUCGGCUGCCAGCGAAUGCGGAGUUGGAUCAGAUCAAGGCCCAGCUUGAGAAUGGAGUUUUGAGGAUUACGGUGCCCAAAGUGACCGAAGAGAAGAAGAAACAGCCCAAGGUAAUUGAUAUUGCUGAACAUGACAAGGCUGCCAUUAAUGGAGAGGAUAUCAGGCCAACCAAAACUGAGUUGUGAGUUGAGUAACCAAGAGCAACGUGUUACGUAGCUUUAUUGUUUCUAAAUAUCAUGUGUUUUGUUUUGUUUUGAUCGUGUGUUUUUUCUAGUGCGAGGAAUGAAUAUGACGUAUCCUUUAUCCUGUUUUA